AUGCCGAGUAAACACGUGGCUAUUGUCAAUGACGGAUCAAAGCUUUGCCGGCGGUUGCUCGGUCAAGGUGCUGGCCAGAAACGCGACAUGCCACACGCGACUUUGGCUCUUUCUUGUCGUUCUGAAUAUGUCCCACCCGCCAUGAGAAAUGAAUCGCAGGCUAAGGCCAUUGAGGAUAACCCUAUUGGAAAUGGCCUUGAUGCCUUUCGUGCGUCCUUCAAUUUGAUAUACAAAGGCGCGAGUAUCUCCUCCGCUCCUGAUGUUCUAGAACAGCUUGAACAAGAAGAUAUCCAAAAUCUCGUUCUCGAUCUUCUCUCCGCCCUACGAAACCUCCCCGCCGUUCGCUUUCUACCUUCAAAGACAGGUCACGGCACCCUCCGAAGCGAUCUCCUCAGACUCAUUUCCGCUGCCGCCUCCGACGACUUUGACUUCGACCGCGUUAAGCCUCUCCUGAAAUCAGCUCUCGCCACCGAGCCCGAUACCCUUAUCUGGGAUCAAGUCUACAACACCGUCGCCGAAUCCACCCCGCCUCCCCGACCGAUAGCCUCGUCCCUCCAACAGACCCCAUGGCUGCGCAACACAAGCAGCUUUGCAAACUCGUCCGAGCACCGCAAAUACGUGGACGACGUGCUGAAAGAGGAGCUUGGGUCUAUGUAUGUCGGGCUCCGUCACUUUCACAACACGUACUUUGGAGGCGUGGUCGGCCUUGACGCAGUUUCCGAGGCGUUCUUUGACCAGUGCAUCGAAGGCAGCGAUCCACUCUUUGAGGACGGUUGGAAGGGAUGGCCCGAGGACGCGAACCAGGACGACGUGCUGAGCUGGUUUUCCGACUUCAGCGACAAGCUAGCGGCAUUCGCAGACGGCCACGGGUCAAUCUCGACGCAUCAACAUCGACGACGGCCUCUUGCACAGCCCAACAAGCCAAUUCAAGGUUCCACCGGAGAGCGCAAGCUGGACGUCGGUUUCGUCAAGGACACGAAGGCUGGAAAAGACUCGCGGUGCCACUGGUCGCAGAUCUUGGUGCCUGGAGAGCUGAAGAGCAACCCAUCCGCCGACAAAGCCUCGAUGGCGUGGCUUGACCUGGGGAGGUACGCGAGGGAAGUGCUUACUGCGCAGGACACGCGUCGCUUCGUCUUAGGCUUUACCAUCUGCGGGUCCCUCAUGAGGGUAUGGGCGUUUGACCGGCUCGGGGGCAUCGCAUCGGAGCAGUUCGACAUUAACAAAGAUGGGCGUCAGUUUGUGUCCACGAUCCUUGGCUUUCUCUGGAUGAACGAGGAGCAGCUAGGGUUCGACCCGACGAUUAUGACGGCAAACGGGGAGCGCUUCAUCGAGGUCAACCGGAAUGGUUCGACCGAGCGGAUCAUCAUCGACAAGAAGAUGCAGCGGGCGCCUUGCAUAGCUGGUCGAGCGACGACAUGUUGGAAAGCCCACCCCGAAGGACAGCCGGAGAUGCUGCUUGUCAUUAAGGAUUCGUGGCAGUAUCCGGAACGAGAUGAAGAAGGCGAACUGCUAGGCGAGGUGACUGACAAGGGUGUCGUUAACGUAGCUCGGUACUAUCACCACGAGACGGUCCAGAUUCACGGGGAAGAUGAUGACAUCCGGAAUAACGUUCGAAGGGGGCUGGACAUUACGCAAGCUGCAAACUACCGUCCAGAACGACCAAUGCGGCGGAGCAACGUCGCGUCCGGCACAUCGAGAGGGGAUCGCGGCAGAGCCGGUGCCAGCAGGAAGCGGUCAUCUAGCCAAAUCGGUGCUCCUCUUCCUUCUAGCAAGCGGUCCUGUUCUGUGUCUCCAACAAAGGCCGCCAGCAUAGUACCAAACCGGGUACAUCGGCGUCUCAUUGUCCGAGACUAUGGAAUGCCCAUCUACAAGGCAAGCUCCCGGUCGGCUCUGCUUGCUGCGUUAGAGCGCUGCAUCGAGGGACAUGAGUCUCUGCACCGGGCAGGCUUGCUUCACCGAGACGUCUCGAUCAACAAUCUCAUGAUCAACGAGGAUGACGACAAUCCGUCGUGGCCUGCUUUUGUGAUCGACCUUGAUCUGGCCAUCAAAGAGCCGCGAGAGGCUGCGUCAGGGGCAAAGGGGAAAACGGGAACACGGGCUUUCAUGGCGAUCGGGGCGCUACUGGGCGAGCAGCAUUCCUUUAUGCACGAUCUCGAGUCGUUCUUCUGGGUGCUGUUCUGGAUAUGCAUCCACUACAACGGGCCAGGCGAGGAUAGAGUCGUCCAAGAGUUCGAUAAGUGGAACUACGUUGAUACUGGAGAACUGGCGAACCUAAAGAAAGGGCAAGUAUCCCAUGAAGGUGAUUUCAUCAAAACUGUAGAGGAGAAUUUCACAUCAUAUUAUCAGCCUUUAGUACCUUGGGUCAACAGGUUGCGGAAGGUAGUGUUUCCGAAUGGUGGGAGGUGGGAGAGAGAGGACAAAGGUCAGUAUACUCGGGUGAGGGAGAUCCUCGAGCAGGCGGGACGGGACCCAAAGGUGUUGGGCGAUGAGGGGGGCACUGUACGCUUGUAGCGCAAAGAUAGAGCAACCACAUAUCAAGAAUACAGCACAUGUCAUGGG